CGCCCGAUCCGACAGGACGUGCUUUCCGAUUAGUCAUCGGGUUUUUCUGAUUUUCCGAGUUUCCCGCGUGCUGCAUAAUCUUUCCCGCCCGCAGUCAGUUUCGGUGAAGUUUUCGUUCAAGUUUGUUUUGUUGCGGUUUUUCUGAGUGAUGCAUGUGCGGUGAAGAUGUUUGAAAACAAAAUGUUUGCUACCGGUCAGGUGAACAGUGAACAGUUUGACAUUCCAAAAAGUGUCGAUUUGGGUGUUCAAAUUACCAACUUUGGUAAUAUGUCUUUGCUAACACCAACGACUCCGGGUACUUUCAAAGAUCCAGUUUAUUUCGGUGAAAGUUGUCCCAGUUCAAAAGUGUCCUACGGAGAAAAGGCAAAGUGUUCAUUUUCGCCGGCUUCCUCGAGCCACUCGUCGUACGAGGAUAACAAUGCUGAAAUGAGCAACGAUUUCCCGUCGGUUGAUGCUUCAGAAGCAACGUACUCCAAUUAUAACAACCAAUCAUGCAUGAUGCAGCAGAAGAAUGAAGAUCUCUACUUUAAAUUUGAUCCUGAGUAUAUUGAAAAGAUGCAAUCUUCGGUAUGUUUGUCUCCAGCAACAACCAUCGCUACUCCGUUGACAUCCAAUAGCAUCGUCAACUCCUCCGAGUACUACAACUUCAAUGAUGUCAACUGCCAAUCCAAGAAUCAGAGUCCGUGCUCGUCGCCUCCGCUAGAUCCCUGGAUCACAUCAUCGCUUUCGAUGACUUUCCCAAACCUGCCCGAGUCGAAACCUUCAGACUCUCCGAAGCACAGCAAUGUUGAAGUUCAACCGGGAAUGCAACAGCUGCCGUCGAUCAAAUCAGCCUUCGGCAAUGCGAUACAAUUUGACGAUAGUUCCAAGAACUUUGGAUUGCAUACGACCCACGCCAACUACAUGAUUGAUUACUUCGAUACGAGCUUCCUGGAUCAGUUCAAUCAGAAUGUAGAGAUCAGUGGAACCGGUUCCAAUAUGAACGACAGCACCAACAGCAAUGAUGCCUAUCAACAUCCGGAAGAAAAUUACAACAAUUCAGAAUCGGCGCAGAAGCCGAACCGCGAAUUCAAAGAUAUCUGGCAACAGCAACAGCUGCAUCACCCGCAACCGACGGAAUUGGAUAGGAAAAUUUCCAUCAAGGAAGAAGCUCAUGAGGACGAGGAGGAGGAGCUGGAAAACGACCCGGAUCAAGUGCUGGAAUGUCUGUGGACGGAUUGCAAUUUGAAAUUCCCCGACCAGGGAACGCUGGUGGCGCACAUCGAGAAGACGCACGUGGAGGUGAAAAAGGGGGAGGAGUUUGCCUGCUUCUGGUUGGACUGUCCGAGGCGGUAUCGGCCGUUCAAUGCGCGCUACAAGCUGCUCAUUCACAUGAGGGUGCACUCCGGCGAGAAGCCCAAUAAGUGUCCGUUCUCCGGUUGCGAAAAGGCGUUCUCUCGGCUAGAAAAUUUGAAAAUCCACCAGCGAUCACACACUGGAGAACGGCCCUACAACUGUCAGUACUUCGGUUGCACCAAGGCUUUUAGCAACAGUUCGGAUCGGGCCAAGCACCAACGCACCCAUUACGAUACGAAACCUUACGCCUGCCAGCUGCCGGGCUGCUCCAAACGGUACACCGAUCCUUCUAGCCUUCGAAAGCACGUGAAAAAUCAUGCCUGCCGAACGGAGGGUCAAGGACGCCGCAAGUCACACAAGGAUUCAACGGCGACGCUGGGCUCAUCGGUGUCCAGCUCAACUAUCGACUCACUACGGCGGCAUUCGGAAUCGUCAAUCAACACGACACAGUACGAACCUCCACCAACUCCGUCGGCGGACAUUUGCGGGGGAGAAAAUGCUUUCGAGUUUGACGAAGUUUUCGAAGAUGCUCCCACUCAAUUCGUCGCCGACCGGGUGGAGUAUGAUGUGCAUCCGAGUCCUACGGUGAAUGGCUUGAACUUCAACGAUAUGUCCAGCUGCUUUAUGCGGAUGAUGCACACGGAAAACACUUCCAGUCCCGAGGGGAAAACCUGCCAGGAUGAGUACAUUUCGUAUGAAUGUGUGAAGAAUUUCCUUAGCGAAGGAAACUACCUGGAGGAGUACCACAUGGAGGAUGGUGCAAUCAGCGCUGGUGUGGACCAGUCCAGCAAGGUGAUUCCGUCGUUUGAGUACGAUUUCUUCAACAACGUUGUUUAAAUGUUUUAACGUGACGAUUUUUGUUUGUCCUCAUUUACUUUAGUCUAUUUCUGUACCAUAUUUUCCAAUGCCAAAGAGAAUCCCGUACUUAGAAAAUGUAGCUUUAAUUGCUAGAUCUUCCAAAACUGAAAGUUUAUUUUUUGUAAGAAAGGUUUUUUUUAUACUUAGACACUAAGAUUAAGAAUACCUGUGCAACCAAACCAAUCCAAAGGACAUUGCCAUA